CUUCCGGCCUCGAGGCCUCCCUGGUAGUCUUUCUCCGCCGUCACAGGGAUAGCAACCGACUGAGUACCGCCAGCUCUAGCAAGCAUAUGGCCACAAAAGCUGUCGCUCUUUCUUUCAACGUUGGGCCCACUACUCUUUAAAAAUUCCGCCGAAAAAGAGAAGACGAUUUUCCAAAACAUUCUGGCCGUUAUCUCACGGCUCCCCUGUCUCUGCACAGGUGUAUGAGCGCUACCCAGAGGGCCUAGGGGCGGCUCUUUACCGGGAGCACUUCGACUUCAACGCUGAGCCGCCUUGGGAUCCUAGCUGAUAGCGGGACAGGUCCAUCUCCUGACUUGUCCAUUUUGUUGCAUACCGGCAGGACCCCAUUGGCUCAGUCGUGUGACCCCCCCACACCCACCCGCUGAAUCGCUCACCCGGUCUUUAUGAUUUUUGGCUUUGUGGAAUACGGUUAAGAUGAGAUCACUCACUGACGGACCCGGCUACACCGUCCAACUCCUGGAGGGGGGCGUCACCCUCGAAGACGUCAUUGACCAGCGCAUCUGUGAGCAGGCCCCGGUGGAGAAGAGCGCCUUCAUGGUGGGCGACCUGGGCGCUCUGAUGCGCCAGCACGCCACCUGGCAGCGCCUGGUGCCGCGGCUGCAGCCCUACUUCCCCCUCAGGUGCAACCGCAGCCCGGCGGUCUUGGAGGUGCUCUCCUCCUUGGGCCUGGGCUUCGUCUGCGCCAACAAGGCGGAGGUCAACCUGGCCUUGGAUCACGGCGUGUCGCCCGACAACAUCAUCCUGGCGGGCGUCUGCAAGCAGCUGGCGCUCAUCAAGUGCGCCUCCAAGAACGACAUCCAGCUUCUCGUUUGCGAGAACGAGGCCGAGCUCUCCAAGAUUUCCCGCCUCCACCCGCGCGCCAAGCUGCUGCUGCAGUUGAGCACCGCGGCGCACGCGGCGGAGACCAGCGUGGCUUUCGGUUCGUCCCUGAAGAGCUGCCGGCGCCUGCUGGAGACCGCCAAGGGGCUCGGUGUCCAGGUGGUGGGCGUGGCCUUCCACGUCCCGAGCUCCUGUCAGGAUCCACGGGAAGCCUACCGCCACGCGUUGUCGGAUGCCCGCUGCGUGUUCGACAUGGGGGAAGAGCUGGGCUUCCGCAUGAACGUCCUGGACAUCGGCGCCGGAUUCACCGGCUCGGAGUCUCAACUCAAACAGGUGGAGUCCGCCAUCAGCCCGCUGCUGGACGCCUACUUCCCGCCGCGCUCCGGCGUGCACGUGCUGGCCCAGCCGGGCGGCUUCUACGUGGCGUCGGCCUUCAGCCUGGCGGUCAGCGUGAUCGGCAAGGAGGUGGCGACCCGCCGCUGGGACCGCUUAGCUCCAGGCGAUAACGGCGACGACACCGAGUUCCUGUACUACAUGAACGAGGGCGUUUAUGGUCCGUUUGGCAUCAAGCUCCUGGGAAGCGCCAUCGCCGCACCUUGCGUGCCCAAGCACGCGCUGCGCGCCCAGGAGGCGGUCUAUCCCAGCAGCCUGUGGGGGCCGUCGCUGGACCAGCUGGACCGCGUAGUGGAGCGCUGCCUGCUGCCCGAGCUCAGCGUGGGCGACUGGCUCCUCUUCUCCAACAUGGGCACCUGCGGCCUCGACGACUCCGGCGACCUCUGCGCCGCCCCGCGGCCGCCCGUCCACUUCGCCGUCUCUGUCACCGAUUGGUAUCAGAUGCAGGAAGCCGGUGUGGAGCUCAAUGGUGCCAUGAAGACCCUCGCCGUGGUGUAGUCCCCCCCCCAUGUACCCCAUCCCCCCAUGAGCCGUGUGACACCGGGGAUGGGGUCUUUGGGACAAGCGUCUCUCUGUGGUCCACAUUCCAUCCUCCUCGAGACGAAUUCAGUGUGGUUUCACUUCCUGGAAUAUUUUCUUUCUUUCACCCCCCCCCCCCCACCGUCAGAUGAAAUCAGUCCCGUCCAACCGACAUUAUGCAACAAAAUGGAUGACUCUGGAGUUGGGAACACCCCCAUUCCGCCCGCCCCCAUCAAAUACACCCAUUGUUGGUGGUGGUGGGGGGGGGGAGGGGGGGGGGGGUGUUUGUGCUAAUCCGCUUUUCCCUCCCGUCUGCAAUUGAUUGAUUGCUCUGUGCUCAACUCGUCCACCGUCCUGUGAACCCCGUGUCCGUUACUCGCAUGACUUUUGAAGAAUGGACGUCUCGUGUCGUGUGGAUUCUGUACCUGACACACACCCCCCAUCCGCCCCCCACCGACCCUCACCUGCUUGGCGUCGCCGUAAUGAAAUCAACACAAUAUUAGUACACUUUUCUUCUGCGUGUAUUUUCUAUUUAUUGGAUUAAGCUGUGUUCGAGUCCCAUUCAGCAGCUCCUUCCUAUUGAUAAUAAAAAUAAUAAUAAUAAUAAUAUUGCUGUUUAUGGUCCCUUAAAGGCUACACGUGUGCUGUGACUGCCGUUUGUCUCCUCAGUGUUUUGUUUUUUUUUCAUCUGCUACUAUUGAGGUUUCAAAUGCACUAAAUAUUUCAUAGGCUUUAAAGAACGUCCACGGAUGACGACUUGCAACCGAAAUGUUUGUUCCUAUUAAAAGGUGACCUGCCCUGUGUGUGUGUGCGUGCGUGUGUGUGUGUGUGUGCGUGCGUGUUAUAAACAAGUCAUGUAUUCAUGAAUUGCUGUCUAAAGCACUAAUGGACCAUAGCCUGGUUUUCACUGUAAAUUGUGCUCGUCAAAGUAAUGAAAGUGAUUAAUUUAAUACAUUUCUGACUGAAAUCAUC